UGGCUGCCAGGCACCACGCCUCACUUUGUUCACAUAAGCUCUUUUCAGAUGAGGGAGGAAAUCAGACAAGAUACUGUUCGUGGUGACAAGGAGUUUUGUUUAUUUAAGACGUACGGCCUGAGGGGCGAGAACAGACCUCUGGUGGCUCUGAAAGGAAAAGCAAGGAUGCUUCAGCUGCAUGUCUUGGGGCAGAUGGCAGGGACGAGGACGGGUCGGGACAGUGAAACGAUAACUCAGCAUCAGCUGAAAGAAGCAGUAAGAGUUUUCCACCUCAGAUACUACUGGCGGUUUGCUGUGGGCUGGCUGGCUGAAUUAUUACAGUCAUGCAAAGGCUUAUCUAAUGCUGUGAUCGACUUGACCAUGAUCUCCACAGCAGAGGUCACCGGCGUCCAUCACUUCACCAUCUCUUGCAUCAAUGGAGAGCGCAGCCCUGCCCAGGUUGAGCUGGACAUCAAGAGAGACAACAGAAUCCUCAUAUUCCCUAAGAAGCCAUAUUUUAAAGUGCAGAUGUCCAGGAACAAAGAGGUGGUGGCCAGGGACUUUCGUGACCUGGAUCAUAUCGGUAUCUUUUACUGUGAAUCCUCUCAGGAGGUUCCACCACUUGAGACCAUCACAAUGAUCAACAAUUUUGGCAGAGCAAAUUUUGUCCCAGCUCAGCUUACACUGACUGCUAACAAAGGAGAGACAGUUAAUCUCAGCAUGGAGCUACUCAACUCCCAAAAGAGAGACGUUACCUGGAAGUACAACGGAAACUACUACUAUAUGACCCACUGGAACGAUAUGAUCAAUAGCACAGCAGUACUGACUGUUGAGAAUGUAGUUUUUGCCAAUCAAGGCAUCUACAGUGCCAGCUAUGUGGGGGACAGCCCCCUUCAGGGAGCUUGGAUGAGGCUCAUUGUAAGAGACUGCCCCAGUAAGAAGUGGGGUCCUUACUGCGACAAGGACUGUCCAGAGUGCAUCAACGGUGGGGUGUGUCACGAUGUCGACGGAGACUGUAUUUGUCCUCCAGGAUUCAUGGGAACACGCUGUGAGACAGCCUGCAGAGAAGGAAUGUUUGGCCGAAACUGCCAGCAGUCAUGUGGCUCCGAGCUGAACUGCAGGGCGCUGCGUUUCUGCCUACCAGACCCUUACGGAUGCUCCUGCGCCAGCGGCUGGUUUGGGAGCCGCUGUGAGAAGGCCUGCCAUCAUGACAUGUAUGGACCAGACUGCAAACUGAGCUGUAAAUGCCAGAAUGGAGGAGUUUGCAGCCGUUUCAGUGGAUGUCAUUGUCCCAAUGGAUGGAGAGGACAGAACUGUGAGAAGUCUGACCGGGCACCCCAGAUCCUGGAUUUGGAUGGUAAUUUGGAAUGGAAUUUGAACUCCAGCCCCAAGAUCUUUUGUUCAGCCACAGGCAACCCCCUGCCCAGCCACACCAGCAUUGAGCUGCGAAAGUUGGACAGCACUGUGCUCAAGGCCUCUCACACUGUCAUGGACUCAAAUAAGAGUACAGCCCUGUUUGAGAUCCCUCAUCUGAGUGCUGAACAAGGAGGCUUAUGGGAGUGCAGGGUGUCCACCAAUGGAGGCCAGGACUCCCGCAAGUUCAACCUCACCAUUAAAGAGCCCCCUGUUCCCUCUACUGCCCCCGUACUACUGGAGAAAAGGAGUAAGCAGCUGCAGGUGUUGCCGAUGGAGUCCCACAGAGGAGACGGUCCCAUUGUCUCCACUAGGCUCCUCUAUAAGCCAGUGAAAAAUGGAGACUCUUGGUCCUCCAUCAUAGUUUAUAGCGACAAAGAGCCCAUCACGCUGAUGAACCUGGAGCCUUCAACACGCUACCGUGUUCGUGUCCAGCUGACUCGUCCUGGUGAAGGCGGAGAGGGGGACCCGGGGCCAGAAGCCAUCAUGGAGACUGAUUGUCCCGAGCCCACAGUUCAACCAGAGAUUGACUUCAGUUCAGUGGAAGGUCGCGAUGUCACUGUACGCUGGCGACUGCCCGCCAAUAGUGGCGUUAAUGCCGGUUCAGCCAGUGGAUUUUUAGUGCAGCUCUUCAAGCCACCCUACAGUGAGAAACUACUGGAGAAAACCACCCUGCUCAAUGUGCUUUCCACAAAGUUCCACAACCUGGAGUAUCAGCAAGACUACACCGUGGUGGUGCGCCUCAUCAACUGCGGCAGCCAUGGGCCGUCCUCCGAACUUUACCAGUUCCGCAUCCACACCCUGGGUCCAUCAUCCCCACGCAACGUCCAGGCUCUGCCUCUGUCCGUGUCAGCCAUCCAGGUGAGGUGGCAGCCGCCUGCAGAUCCCAAUGGAGGCAUCAUAAAGUACAUCAUAGAGUACCAGCCGGUCGGCCAGGCGAGCCCUCACCCUUGGGUGGACACAGACGAUGGAAACAAGACUACCAAAGAUGUGAUGGCGCUCAAUGGCAGCACACUCUACCAGUUCAGAGUGAGAGCUUUCUCCAAAGUGCCGGGAGAGUGGAGCAAGUUUGUUCACGCGAUGACACAAGGGGAUGGCCUUCAGAGUUUAAACCCGACCACCCAGGGUGUGGCUGGGAGGCCUGCUGGGGACAGCUACCAGCUGUUGGUGGCAGUGGUGGGCUCAGUAACUGUCACCUGUGUGACUAUCCUGCUGGCACUGUUGGCUCUUUUCUUCAUCCGCAAGAUGCUGCUCAACCGUCGCCGCACGUUCACCUACCAGUCUGGAUCGGGUGAGGAAACUAUUCUGCAGUUUAACUCAGGAACUCUGACCCUGACACGAAGGCCUAAACCAACACCGGAGCCCCUCACCUAUCCAAUCCUGGAGUGGGAGGACAUAAAGUUUGAAGAUGUGAUCGGAGAGGGAAACUUUGGCCAGGUCAUCAAAGCCAUGAUAAAGAAGGAUGGCAAUAAAAUGAGCGCAGCCAUCAAGAUGCUGAAAGAGUUUGCCUCAGAGAAUGACCACAGAGACUUUGCAGGGGAGCUGGAGGUGCUGUGCAAACUAGGCCAGCAUCCCAACAUCAUCAACCUGAUAGGAGCCUGCGAGAACAGAGGUUACCUGUACAUAGCCAUUGAAUACGCUCCGUAUGGUAACCUUCUGGACUUCCUGAGGAAGAGUCGUGUGCUGGAGACCGAUCCUGCCUUUGCCAAGGAGCACGGCACUGCUUCCACCCUCACCUCCCAGCAGCUGCUGCAGUUUGCUGUAGACGUGGCAACAGGGAUGCACUACCUAAGUGACAAACAGUUUAUCCACAGGGAUUUGGCAGCCAGGAAUGUUCUUGUGGGAGACAACCUUGUGGCCAAGAUAGCAGACUUCGGCCUGUCCCGCGGCGAGGAAGUUUACGUUAAGAAGACGAUGGGGAGGCUGCCUGUACGCUGGAUGGCUAUUGAGUCCCUGAACUACAGCGUGUACACGUCGAAGAGUGAUGUGUGGUCUUUCGGUGUUCUCCUUUGGGAAAUUGUAAGUUUAGGUGGCACGCCAUAUUGUGGCAUGACGUGCGCCGAGCUUUAUGAAAAACUGCCACAAGGCUACAGAAUGGAAAAACCCAAAAACUGUGAUGAUGAGGUCUAUGAACUGAUGAGGCAGUGCUGGAGGGAUCGGCCCUACGAGAGACCCCCCUUCUCCCAAGUCUCAGUGCAGCUCAACAGGAUGCAGGAGGCCAGGAAGGCUUAUGUGAACAUGGCUCUGUUUGAGAACUUCACCUACGCUGGGAUAGAUGCCACAGCCGAGGAGGCCUGACUACCAGCCCCCCCAGACCCUCGCAUGCCACGUAGCCAUAAGAGGAAGCCCCGAGGAGGGUCACCGCGUUACUGUCACCUCCCUGCUGCUCAGCGUCGAGACAGGAGGGCCAGGCACUCUACCAAAGCCACCCAGCUAUAGAUGGAGGACUGUGAAAGGACACUGUGUGGAGGUAUCAGAGUUGUUAGGGGAUAAGGAGUAUCACUGGGCCUUGGCUGGAGAGAUGCGAUUGUUACCAACCUUUCGGACAAUACAGAGCCCCUGUCACUGUGAAGCAAUCCCAGAGAAAAGACAUGGCAUUGUACCUCUUGGCUGUGACAAAAGUUACAAUGCUGGACCCUUUUCUCUGAGUGAGGUGGGGGGCAGCACAGAAGGAGCUAUGUGACUUGCUGAAACACCACAGGGUCUGUGGGGUGUCGAUGCUGGACUUUUUAAACAUUUUCUCUCCAUUUCUCUAAAUGGAGAGGAAGGUCUUUCAUGAAGAUGACAUUGUAAGGACACAGCGUGGAUCACAAACAUUCAAGUUCUCAGAGGGUUAGAAAAGGAUGUAAGACACAUACAAUGUAGCACUUAAAACCAGCCUCCGUCAUGCCAUCUGUGUCUUUUACUGUUUGCUUAUCACUGCCAUGUGAAUGUAACUACUACUGUAUGUAUUUUGUCUCUUUUUUAGGGCACACAGAUGUAUCAAAACCUCCUAAGCAAAUGUGGUUACAGACUAAUACAAAUACAGCCAUGGUUGAUGGUCAAGGUGUCGCAUGCAAAGCUCAGCAAGAGCAGUUGUUUGGAAAAUGCAGAUGUAGCUAUCACCAUUAUACUGUAGUUACCCUUAACACUAUGCAACCUAACGCAGUGUAUGGUAAUAUAUCCUUCAUAUGAGAAUGUACAGUAUGUUUUCAUUAAAGGUUUAAUGGUGACUGGAAUCACCACCAGUAGUUGCCUGAUUUGCAGUAGUCCAAUUUAGGUUAAAACUGCAUUUUCACUGGCACAAAUGAUACUAACUUUUGCACAAAAACAAACUCAAAAAGUUUUGUGUGUUUGUUGUUUGCGGCCCGCUUAAUAGUAAGCAUGAUGGCAAGCUACUAGGGGCCAAAGUGCCCAUGGAUUGUUCAGGAACACUGGUCUGCCCUGCUGCACAGAGCUGAUCUGUCACUGGGUUUCCUCCACAAGCCAACCACAGGCACAGAACUGUCUGUCAAACCAGGUCUCAGAGGGGAAGCUUCCUGUCUACACAGAUACCAACUACACAACAACGCAUAUGUGUAGUGAAAGAGCAGUGAAAUUUAUUUUUAGCCCCUUUGCGUUCCCUCUCAAAAACUUGCUUUUUAGGCACCACUGUAAUCCCAUCUGUUAUACUCUUUACAGAUUAUUGUGACCUUAAGAUGUUAGAUCAACUUCUGUGAUCCAUCAGAUGUUUUAAUCCAAAUGGUAGGACACCCACCCCACCCUAACACUGAAAAUCCUAGUCAGGUCACACAAUUUAGUGGGUCACAGAAUAUGGCAGAACACCGGUCCUCGAUUAGCCCACGAUAAAUGGACACCUGUAACUGCAUUACAUCAGUAUUACCUCUCAAAGGAAAUCUUGAAAAAAAUGGCAGAUAUUGCUCUGAAAUCGGAUUUACUAAUGGCUCGGAUUUACUUGGCUAUAGCACAGCUGUGUUGCAUAUGAACGCACUCAAAUUGAACAAUAAACAUUAAGCAUUUACCUUAUCUGUUAACUCUCCUGUUAAUUAACCUUCCAUUGUCAGAUAUAACAUUCAUAAUUCCUUGUUUCUCAUACCUGAAAACUGAGCUAUCUCUCUGAUUCAGUCUACCGGUAAUAUGAAUGAUGAGCACUGGUAUCAAAUGAACUGCCCCCAAGUAAAACAUUCAGUCCAGACUUAUCAAACCAAAUCAUCACUCUGCAAAUGUCUCACUCUCUUCUGAACGUUAACAUUAAAAAAUGACUGCAGUGUCGAGGUGAAUCAUAAUUUGGCCACAUUAUUUGCAUGUGCUUUAGAAAUUUGAUUUCUCAAAAAAAAAAAAAAGAACAAAACAUCAAAUUUCUGGGCAACUCAAAAAAAAAAAUCACACAGUGCCAUGUAUGUCUCACAGUGUUGGCUGCUAGAGAUCAUAUCAGUGUGUGGUUUCUUAUCCCUUAUCUGUAGUAUGCAUGGGCAUGUUUUCUUGGUGCCAAGGUCUCAUGCUCAUGGGUUUCAUUUUGAGUGUGUUAAAAUGUUAGUUGGCAUGAGAACAUUUCGAAUUAAAAAGAAAG